AUGGUUACGUUCAACACCACGGCGGACGAGAACAUCCGCAUCAUCAGCGAUGGCGAACCACUUGUAUACAACCUGGGCGAUAUCGCUUGGGUUCUCACAUGUACAUGCCUGGUGUUUCUCAUGAUUCCUGGCGUGGCCUUUUUCUACUCAGGCCUGCUGCGUCGAAAGAAUGCACUCAUGGUGCUGGCCUUAUCGAUGAUGGUCAUGGCGGUCGCCUCGUUGGAGUGGUUCUUCUGGGGCUAUUCGCUUACGUUCAGCGAGACGGCGACGCCUUUUCUUGGCGACUUGCGACACUUCGGCCUCAUGCACGUAGACAUGGCCCCAUUGUCAGGCAGCACGAAAGUGCCGUCGCUGGUCUAUUGCAUGUACCAGCUCAUGUUUGCGGCCCUGACGCCUGUGAUUGCGUGUGGCGCAUUUGCGGAUCGCGCACGCAUCGGACCUAUAUUACUCUUCACGUUCUGCUGGUGCACGAUUGUGUAUAAUCCUCUGGCAUGCUGGACAUGGAACAACAAGGGCUGGAGCUAUACCAUGGGCGGUCUCGACUAUGCGGGUGGCACGCCCGUCCACAUCAGUUCAGGCACCGCGGCGCUGGCGAUAUCACUGUACCUGGGGCGGCGGCAUGGAUACGGCACACCUGCGCUUGCUUACCGUCCAAAUAACGUCACGCACGUGGUGCUUGGCACAGUGCUGAUUUGGGUCGGCUGGUUUGGCUUCAAUGGUGGCUCGGGGAUCGGUGCGAACCUUCGCGCGGUCCAAGCGAUGAUGGCUUCACACAUCUCUUCGUGUGUUGGAGGAGUAACAUGGAUGCUGCUAGACUACCGGCUGGAGCGCAAGUGGUCCGCUGUAGCGUUCUGUUCAGGUGCUAUUUCCGGCUUUGUGGCCAUCACGCCGGCGUCUGGCUUCGUUGGCACACCUUCGUCUCUUGCAUUUGGUGUCAUUGGUGCUACAGUAUGCAACUUUGCGACGGGGCUGAAGAACCUGCUUGGGUACGAUGAUGCGCUAGAUAUCUUUGCGGCACAUGGCAUUGGUGGCAUUGCUGGCAACCUGCUAACUGCCCUGUUCGCUGACGGGCGCAUUUCCACCUUCGAUGGCACAGAUGCAACGGAGAAUAUGGGAUGGAUCAAUCACCACUAUGUGCAGCUUGGUUAUCAGUUGGCCGAUUCUUGCGCUGGAUUCGGCUGGUCGUUCGUGUUGACGAUGAUUCUGUUGUUUCUCAUCGAUCACAUCCCGGGCUGCUCAUUCCGGUGCAGUGAAGAUGACGAGAUCAUCGGCUUGGAUAUUGCGCAAGUUGGCGAGGAGGCUUUUUCUAUCCCACACUUUGGUCACCUCAUACAGCAAUCAAAGUGUGUGGGCGAUGAGGCUGUAAGACAUGCUGACAGCUUACCUGAAAAGAGCAACGUGGUCGGCACCAACAUGAAUCCUGCAGUCAAUGUACAUGGAUCCCCCUAUGUACUUGAAUAA